UAUAUUAGAAAUGAAUGUGUACUUUAUGAUGUUGAUUAAUAUACUGCUAUGUACAUGAUAAACUGUGAAUGUAUUAUUAUUGUUUAAACUAUGUUGGCGUGCACACAGACAGACAAAUAUAGUGAAAUCGGAGCAGCGAGCUAUAAUAUCCGUUAUGACGUCGCGGUCAGAGUUCUAGAACUAACCUGAUGGUAUGCUUGACGGUUGAUCCCUUUAUGACUCCGCGAAUCUCGAGGUUUUUAAACGUUGUGGUGUCUGAGCAGGCAUGUAUUCAUUUGAACGGAGUUGUAUUUAAAUCUUUGGUCUAUCUAACCUUUUCCUUUUAUUUGUUUAUCUAACGUGUUUAAGAUUGGACAUUGUCACAAAACUACUGUACAUGUAUCUGGAGACAUUAUUUCAAUGUAAAUUUGUAUAUGGAACGGUUUUUUUUACAUGUCAAGUGAUGAAGGUAUGUUAUUUAAAAACGAGAUGAUAAUAAUAAUAAGCUACUGUUAAAUAGUUCAGAAGCUCCGUGUAUCGUCCUUGAUGUGUGAAAAUGAUGCAAUUUGUAGUAAUAACGCUGAUGAGCUGUGUCUGUACACUAUCCCUAACCUACCUUCUGUUUCAGGCGGCGUCAUGUGUUGCGCUGGAUGGAGCUUGACUGCCCUCGUGUGUCCAACCACGGGAACGGCAAUUUCCCAGAAGCGGUUUUCUGGCUAAGAACUUUGACAUGAUAUCUCUCUCUCUCUCUCUCUCUCUCUCUCUCUCUCUCUCUCUCUCUCUUCCUUUUGUCCGGUCCAGUUCAUGAUAAUUAUUGUUGUAAUUUAACGAUGGUUUACAUUAACUUUAACUUUGUACCGUUCUUCCCUAUUUGUGGAUAUUCUCGAGCGAAAUAGAUGAGGCCACGUAGGGAACACAUGAAGUUGCAUAGGCGCAGUGAUGAGAAUGAACAUGAAUGUUGCCGUUCCCGAGUUUGGCCACACGAGGGCAGUCAUGUUCCAUCCAGCACAACACACGACGCCGCCUAAAACAGAGGGCAGAUUUUAAAACUAAAGUAUGUCAAAAGAAGUAUGGCAAUUGGCUCGGUUACGGAGAUAAAACCCGUCGGUCGCGACACCGCUGAAAAAGAUUCAACUCGACUACAGAAGAAAAUGGAGGAAGUGACGGGAGGGUGUAGUACGAGUCGACGAUUAGAGCGAGAAGACACGACGCGGUCCAUACUGUGAUCAGCCAGUUCUGCUGUAUUGAUCUAACUCUGUGUUGUGUCAGAAUAAUGAAAUCCACGGUUCUGACACUUCGUCUGUACAUUUUCGGUGUUUAUGCUGUCCUCACAUAUGGAGCUAAAUGUGGGAAAAGUCAAUAUCUAUCGGCAGCUGGAGAAUGUUGUCCAAUGUGUUCUAUAGGGUCGGUGGUUCUCAUUGACUGCAUUGGUGAUUACAGUACAUUAUGCAAACCUUGUUCUAAAGGAAUGUUUAUGAAUGAACCUAAUGACCUUAACAAAUGUUUUUCAUGUAAAUCCUGUGACACAGGCCUUUAUAUAUUGCAAGAGUGUACCACAAUAAAGGAUACGGUAUGUGAGGUCUUGGAUGGAUAUUAUUGCAUGCAGUACUCCAAUAGAGAAUGUUCUCUUGCGUCAAAACACAGUGAAUGUGAACCAGGGCAGCAAGUAAAGACUCCAGGCACUAAGGACUCGGAUACAGUUUGUGAGCCGUGUCCACCAGGAUUUUAUUCUCCUAAAGGUGUGAACUGCACUAAAUGGACUGACUGUUGGGUCAAUAAUGAGAUUGAGGACCAAGAAGGCACUUCCAUUACAGAUGUUCAAUGCAAACCAAGAAGGACAAGAUAUGUUUUCCUAGUAUUGAUUCCACUUUCUGCACUUGUUAUACUGCUUGUUAUAGUUUUAUAUCUGUGGCACAGAGGAGCAAUCAAAUGUUUCACACAAGUAAGAAGUCCUGUAGAAGAAACAUAACCUGAAAGCUUCAUUAUGUGUCCCAUCAUCCAGUAAUCCGGUGGUAAAAAGGGAAACAGCUUCGCCAGCUGUAACCUGAUUGGAACAAGGAACACAUUGUACAUGUGAGAACAUUGUUAAUUCCCCCACAAGUAUCUAUUUCAGUGUGUUAUGAAACCACCAGCUGUACAAAAGGAGAAAUGGACAUUUUUUGUUUGGAAACCCACAAUAUCUCAAGGCAGAGGGGGAUCGUGCUACAGUACAUUAUUUCCAGUACAGUACAUUCAUGGAUUUUAUGGUUCUACAUUUGGAUAAUUUUUUUUAUAACCAAACCCUGAUUGAGACUUCAACAGAACUUUGAUUUGGACUUGUUUUGCUCCUGCUUGUUUGUGAUUCUUAUUGUUGGGUAAAUUUACUAACACACACUGGACCAGGAACAUGAAGAUCAUGUAGCAGUUUAAUUCAGCUUCACUCCAUUUAAAUAAUUAUGUCACUUCUUCUGGAAACUGGUUACAUCUGAACCAAUUUAGAGUUCAAUACUAAUUUAGAGUUUUACCUGUUUUAAAUAUAUGCAAUCACAACAUUUACAUUUUUAUUUUUAAUUAAUUUAGCAAGCUUUGCUUUGGUGUCGAGUGCGUUUUCCUCUGUUUUAACUCAUGCUCCAAGAGAAAUUAUUUUUUUGUCUAAUUUUUAGUAGAUCUUGGAUUUGCACAUUGCACAUUGUGAUGUAGUCACAUGUUAAUGUAUAUACAAUUGUUCAUAUCACAUAUUUACAUAACAUUGAGGUAUUGUGUACAUUUAGCCUGGCAGUCAUUUCAAAAUUAUUUUAUUGAUCUUGUGUAAGCCUGUUCCCAUGAAACAUAUUGGAAUGUUAUUAUGCAUCGGUGUAACUUAAAUUUGGAAACCCAACAGCUUCAGUGUGGUGUGAGCAGAGGAACUGGUGUAAGGGGCUUCAAAAAUAAUCAUUUAAAGACAAUGUUGCCUGUAGAAAGGGAUGUCACAGUCGUUAAUGAGUUAAUAUUAAUAUGCUGGCCAGAGGAGGAUGAGCUUUCCCUACUGAAACUUCCUUUCACAGUUUAUUCUGGGUUUUUUUUUCUUCUUUGCCAUUGUUGCUUACUAAUAAUUAAAACACUGAUAAAAAAACAACAAAAAAAAAACAAAGCAAGGGUGGUAAAGGACUCGGCAAAGGAGGCGCUAAGCGUCACUGCAAAGUGCUUCGCGAUAACAUCCAGGGGAUCACCAAGCCAGCUAUUCGCCGUCUGGCUCGCCGUGGCGGUGUAAAGCGUAUUUCUGGUCUGAUCUAUGAAGAGACUCGCGGUGUGCUGAAGGUGUUCCUGGAGAACGUGAUCCGCGACGCCGUCACCUACACCGAGCAAUCUACU